UCCGAGGGAUCACAGCUAGGGGCUGUCAGAUUGCGCUUUCUCCCAUCAGCGUCACCUUGAGCGACCCGCUCUCUUUUUGGCGAGACCACUUGGGGCCCUCCUGCUAGAGUCAAAAAUGAUCGCAGCUAGCGCGGGACCAAGGCCACCUGUUCCAAAGUACGGCCAAGCAAUUCCACCUAAUCUCAAUGUCCGACAGUUGUGUCCAAACUGUCGUACCGAUCCUCCGAAUAUCGUUGAAGAAUAUUCCAAGGAUACGCGGAGCGAAUGGAGAACGUUCGCCGGUGAUGAAGGCGGAGACGAUCCAUCACGUGUCGGAGAUGCUGGUAACGCUCUCCUUGGAAACCUCCUGGAGACCUCGAUCUCGUCUCACGACGGCCGAACAGGCAUGGCCCGUGAUCUUCAACGGGCUCAAGCUCGGGUGGCAGCGCAAAGCAAUGGCUCUACGUCAGCCGUGGCUAUGCAAGCGAUUUUUGGACGGAUCGCUGAAAUGUGCGAUCACAUGAGUCUCCCUCGGAACGUUAUUUCCCGCGCUCAACACGUCUACAAAAUCGCGGAUGAUAACAAAUUGAUUCGUGGACCUCGAAACGAAAUGGCAUUCAUCGCUGCGUCUAUCAUUAUCGCCGGUCGCAACGUCGGCGCCGAACGAUCCUUUCCCGAGGUGUGUAAAGUCACUCGGGUGGGCAAGAAAGAUCUGUUUCACGCUGUCAAUGUGGUCAAACGAGUGGUCACCAAGGAAGUGGCCGCUACAAAUGGUCAAGGCGUCGCUGGUCUGAGCAGCACGGAGAAAUCUGCCGAAGGUCUCUUGACUCGAUUCAUCAACUACUUGGACCUCGGUAAUGUUAUUCACAAUGCCUCCAAGUACAUUGUUGGUCAAGCGGCUGCCAAGGCAAAGAUUGACGGGCGAAACCCGGUUUCUAUCGCCGCGGGCGUCUUGUACUUUACGUGCGUACUGUUCGAAAGGAGCACUACGGCCAAGGAGAUUGCAGAGGUCGCAGAAAUCACCGAUGGGACGAUCAAGUUGAUCUGCAAAUUAGUGUGUGACAAGCUCGACGACGUGAUCAAGCCUGAAUGGGUCAGUCGAGAUAGCAGGAGCAGAAGGAUAUUGUGUGCUGAUGCCCUGUUUCCUUCUUCUUGCAGAAGAUGGAACACACUGACGGAUACGCCAAUCUUGCUUCCAUGACCUCCAAUGGUCCCGAUACGGCGAGCGUACAAGCUUCUCGAGCGGGUACGCCAGACGCAGGGACACCCCAGGGGGCUUCGCCGCCAAAGGUAGAGGAGGACGAUGCCUUAGUAGAGAUCAAGCCUG